AUGAUGAAUUUCAAAUUACUGGGAAAGACAAAUAAAAAUACCAACAGAAUAAUUUCCAAAGGGUUGAAACCAUCGAUAUUCGAUGAUGGAUCAUCUGAUGAUAAUAGUGAGCACGACAGCCAAGAAACAAACAACGACCAUAAGAUGGCAUUAAAACGACAGACAGAACUGUUGAUUCAGGAUCAGAAUGAGCUAUUGCAGCGACGAGCUGCCAGUGAGGUUGCCAAUAUUGAUGAGUCCGCAUAUCAGUAUGAUGAAUUGUAUGAGGGCCUACGGAAUGAUCCAGAUGAUACCAAGAAAAGAAAAGCCGAUGCCAGUAGCCGAAAUUUGGAAGGAUUUUUGAAGAUGAAGGAGGAAAGAGAGCGGAGAAAAUUACUAAGUCAAGAUUUACUUAAUAAGAAACGAAUCGAGGAGGAAAAAUCCACUGGAGAAGAAACCGAGACAUUUGUUACUUCAGCGUAUAAAAAGCAACAGCUGGAAUUACAGGAGAUUGUCGAAGAAGAAAAAAGAAAGCAAGAGGAAGAGGAGAAGAAGAAACAGCAGUCUAAAAAGGGCGAAGGUCUAGGAAUGAGGGGAAUCUACUUGAAAUUCCUUGGCGAUGAGGUGAUGGAAGAUGAGAAACAGAAAAAAAGUUUAGUGGAUAUUCCAAAAAUGCCACAGGAAAGGCCCCCAAUGCCCCCAAUCGUGAAAAAAAAAGGCAGCUUAUAUAAUGAAGAAGAUGAUGAUAAUAAUUGUGAAUCUGAAGAGAGGGAUGAGGUUCCGGCUGGUUUAUCUGGCGGUUUGAAUUUUGCUGCAAAGGAUGCUAAUCUAAAACCAGAAAACAUUGUAAAUAGAACCCCGCCAAUUAUAGAAAGAAGCACUGAUUCGAAAGUCGAUGAAACCUUGGAGUUUAUCAAGAAGGCCACAAUUACAAAUAAGGGACAAGAAUCAACAGAUACUUCGGCCGAAGCAAAACUCGAGAAGUUGAUCAACCUAUAUUAUGAGACCAGCAAUGUGACAGAAGCUGAUCUCGCUGAGGCUACAAAAAAAUAUCAUCUUCGUAAAAGAGAAGAACAAAGGAAAAAGAAGAGUAGACAGCAGCUAUGA